CCAAUCUGUAGCCUAAACAAAACUGUUAUUCUGAUUAUAUAUGUAAUUCUGUAAAUAACAAGCGAGAUACAUCGCGCGACAGUCACUGUGGAAUCGCUGAGACAUCACCCAAAUUUUCUUGUCGCUUGGAAUCACUGCCAUUUGUCACGCUGCAUAGAUCAUGGUGAUGCUAGAAUUGCGGCAAAAAUCACAAGUCGCGUAGUGUAGUACGGCUUCUUUGUGAAAAGUUGAAAAUGAAGGUGACAACUCCAGAAAUAUCUUGGCAUGAACGAGAUCCAAUAUAUAGUGUUGAUAUACAGCCUGGAAAUAGAAGCGUUCGCCGCCUUGUUUCUGGUGGCGUUGAUAAAUUUGUGAGGAUAUGGCAUAUCAAAGAAGACGCAGAUGGAAAAGCAACUGUUGAGUUUCUCGCUAAUCUUAAACGACAUACAAAAGCUGUGAAUGUGUGCAGAUUUUCGCCAAAUGGGGACACACUUGCCACUGCUGGUGAUGAUAGUGUUAUAAUUUUCUGGCAUUUGAGUGACAAUAUGUCAUCAGCUGGGAACAUCUUUCAAGAGGAUGAGGAGGAUAAUCUUGAAAACUGGUGCAUGCAGAAAGUACUCAGGGGUCAUCUAGAGGACAUUUAUGACAUCUGCUGGUCUUCUGAUGGCAAAUACAUGGUAUCUGGAUCUGUGGAUAACAGUGCCAUACUCUGGGACCUCACAAAAGAUCAAAAGAUGUGCUUAUUGAAUGAGCACAAGAGCUUUGUUCAAGGUGUAGCCUGGGAUCCAAGGAAUGAGUUCGUGGCCACACUGAGUACAGACAGAUCUUGCAGAAUCUACAAUAUUUCCAAUAAAACUUGUGUCAGCACUGUGAAGAAAAUGGCAUUGCCCACUUCAGCAAAUGCCUUACAGACCACAGAAACUGAUGACAAGGACUCAAGGCCAAGGUCAUUUAGAAUGUUCCAUGAUGACACUAUGCGUUCAUUCUUUCGUCGCCUCACCUUCAGUCCUGAUGGGGAGCUGCUGAUUAUCCCAGCUGGCCUUGUGGAGACUGAGCCUGUCACCAAUGCUACCUUCAUCUUCACCAGAAACUGUCUCACUAAACCUGCAGUUUAUCUUCCAAGCCCAGAAAAAGUCACUAUAGCUGCACGUUGUUGUCCUACAAAGUUUCAGCUGAGAACAUUAACAUCUUUUUGUCACAUCGAUGAAGAGCAAAAAGAAAAUCUCAACGAGUUGGGCAUGUUGGAGUCUUUGUUCUUUUUACCAUACCGACUUGUGUUUGCUGUUGCAACAGAGGACUCCAUACUUAUGUAUGACACGCAGCAGCCCCAGCCCUUUGGAUGCAUCACGAAUGUCCACUACCACCAGCUUUCAGACCUUACUUGGUCUACAGAUGGCCAGAUGCUGGUAGCCUCCUCCACUGACGGCUAUUGCACCCUGGUCUCAUUCUCACCAGGAGAACUGGGCACUCCAUAUACAGAGGAUCUUACAUUAGGCUCAACAAUCUCUGAUAAACAGCACACUGCUGUAGAUAUGGAGAGUAGCAGUGACCUCCACCUUAUUCUUGAUACGUCAACUGAUGGAAGUGGGAGUGAUAUUGAUAACAACAAGUCCUCCGAGUCUGUCCAGUCAUCAAUCCCAGUGCCUAUUGCAGUCAAGUCAAAAGAUGGAAAGCCAAGAAAUAUUCAAAUCACAACGCUAAGUUCUGUUCCUUCCCAAUCAGGGUGUGAUAGACAGCCCGAUAUAAUGGUGAGGUCAGCAGAUGGUAAGCCUAAGAAUGUCCAGUUUACCACUUUGGCUACAUUUUCAAGUCCAACAUCCAGUAAGGAAAGUGUCAAGCUUGUGUCAACUCCAGAUUCGGUUGUUUUGAAAGAAAAGAGGAGAAAUCUGUCUGAUGGUAACAGUGUGUCCACUGAUGAGUGCUUUGUGCAAUCUGGCAAGUUGUUAAGUACCCCCAAGUCCUCUGGCAGCUCUACCAACAAACACAAUGAAACAACACCAAAGUCAGCGGCAAAGCGGGUUCAGCUGACAACUAUUCAGCUGUUUGAAAAUAGCAGCUCCUUAAAGCAUUCCCCAAAGAAGACAUGAUCCAGUGUGCUUAAUACUAUCAAUACAUCUAUGUGCGAGUGAAUGAUAUAUGUGUGAUGACUUGUAAAUGACUACUGCUGCAUUAUCAGUCUUUUAAAUUUAUUUAAAAUCAUAUUUAUGUACUCUCUCAAUAAUGCAUAUAAGUUUAAAGUAUGUUGAUCUUACAAUGUGUUGAGUCAGAGUGUUAUAUCUUUGAAGUAUAAAGACUAGUUGUCUUGUAAUGUUUCAAAAGCAUGUUUUCUUUUAGAUUAUCAAAUUUAAGAGGUGAUAGUAAAUGUUGUGUUUUUGGAAAAAUCUCAAAUUUUUGUCUGUUGGGUGUCAUGAAUAUUUGCCCAGUUAACACUGUUGUGGCCACAUUUAUUGUCAGAUCUUCAUGAAACUUUGUCAGAAGAUUUGUCCAAAUGAUAUCUUUGACGAGUUAAAAAAUGGUUUCAGUUAAUUGAUUAACAUGGCCGUCAGGGGGCAGGGCAUUUUUCAUGGUAUGACUAUAGUAAAAACUUGAUAAUGCUCUAAAAGUCACAUUCAUUGUCCAAUCUUCAUGAAACUUGGUCAGACGAUUUUUUGUAAUAUCUUUGAUAAGUUCAAAAAUGGUCUAGCCUGUUGAAAAACAUAGCCGCAAGGGGGCCAUUUAUAGUUAACUCUUCAUGAAACUUGGUUAGAACAUUUGGUCUAAUGAUAUCUUAGGCCGCACAGAACAGGUCCGUUCCUUUGUAUGUCAGGUGAGCGACUUUGGGCCUUUCAGGCCCUCUUGUUUGUAUCAUGUGUGUGUUCUUGUAAUUGGAGGUUUAAUUAUUUGUAUGCCUCCUUAUGAAGAAGGCAUUAUAUAGCAAUGGCACCCCUUAUCUGUGCGAAAUGUUCUUUCAAAGCCAUAACUUUGAUGGAGUUGAAACUAACUGCACAAAUUCCCACCAUCAUUAGACAUGUGCAGUGCAGAACUAAUCUCCUUACUUCAAUAGUGCAGUUCUCUCUUAGUGGUUAAAGGUCAAAUGUGGUUAUAAAACAGCUUGAACAUUCCUGCUGCAGCCAUAGCUUUGUCACAAGUCAGGGUUUUUUAUCUGAUUUUGGGGAAAGGGCCUGGCCUUUUUUGAGGGGAAAAAAAUUGCACGAAAUGCCGGAUUUUGGGGGGAAAAAUCACGCGAAACGCCGGAUUUUGGGGAAAAUAAGGAAAGUCUUAAAUAAUCAAUUUAACAUAUUUUGCUGUUUUUUAAACAUAUUUAAUGCGACAGAUAAUUUAAUUAUGCAAUAUGUUAUAUUUUCUACACUGGAUCAGGUUAACUUAUGUAUUUAAAGUUAAAAAAAAAAUGUGUAGGGGAAAAAAUGAAGUCUGGGGGAAAAUUUACCUGCUAAGGGGGGAAAAAUCCGAGGGGAAAGGGCCGUUUUUCGGCUGGUCCCAAAGAAGGAAAAAAAGCCCUGCAGGUGCAGAGAUUUUGAAAUGACUUGCCUCAAAUGCAAUCCAUCAGAAGACCAAAAGUAGGGCAUAAACCUUAAAGGUCAAGGUCAUACUGAACUUUUCCAUAAGAAGUCUUUUUGGUACUGUUACUUUUUCAUUUAUCACGCUAUUUUCAGUUAACUUUCCAUGAUUACAAUCAUGAGGGGUUGGUGUGUAAUAACUACUUCAAAGGUCAGGUCACACUCAAAAGUAAAGUCAAAUUUUGCCAUCAUAAUGCUUGAUCAUUCUUUUCUAAGUCAUCACUUUGCCAUAUGUUAUUGGAUUUCAAAAAUAACUUGCCACAAUUGCUAUCGAUUAUGUGAUUGUUGAUUUUUUUAGAUGAAUUUUCUAAACAAUGAACUAUGAAUUGAACAUGUUUUGUAAAUUGUGAUGUAUAAUUUUUAUAUGUCAAAUAUACUCUACAUCAAAGC